AAACAACCCACUGUGUCAUCAGUGAUAAACUGUUUUGCUUUUGAUAUUGUGGUAACAAUGUUGAUAUUUUACAAAAUAAGUCUUGGUGUAAGAACUUUUUAGAUUAAAAUAUUUUCUCAGAGAGAGCACCCAUACCUUUCAGGUCUUCAUAUCUUAUAACUGAGGGAAAGUGACAUCAUUUUAUGUAUCUUACAUAGUUGUGGGAGAUAAUUACACCAAUUUAAAGGCAAUGUAUUAACAGAACAGUAUUUACGCAAGAUUUAUGGACGUACAUUUUUAUAAGAUAAAAGUUAUUUUUAAACAAUUUAAUUUUGUAGAAUUAGGAAAAUGACUAUUUAGGGCUUUUAUAAAUAAAAUAUUACCAAAAGAGAAGUUUUUUUUUUUUUUUUUUACACAAUGAUACAUGAUGGAAAAAAUACACUGACUAAUUUGGACAGCAAGAAAUCAUGAUUUUCAGCUAUAUAAGACACUUUUUACAGAAAAUAUUAUAUUGUUAUGGCUUGUAACAUCUUGUGAUCCACAACGAGUUUUUUUUUUUUUUUCUUUGAACACCAAAUGUACCUGCAAUUAUAGAUUCACCCAUAUAGUUUCUUUUCAUGGUUUUCCUAGUUACUCACUGUACUCGGAACAAUAAGGUCUUGGCUAAACCAGAUGCAUUUGUACACUGUAACCAUCGGAAUAGAAAAGUACAGUAUAUGACGUGUUAUCGGUAGUGACGUGGACGUAACGUUACACUUCCGGAGGUGUGCCGCCCGCGAUUACUGGAAGUUAAAACAAAAUUGGGACAGAAUUUGAGCAAUGUGGAUAGUUUAUUUAAACAUAAACGAAGUAAAGGUGUUUGAAUGGAUAAGUUUGUAACUCGGCACAGAAAAAGAUCAGCUGUUGAGGCAGAUGAAUGGAAAUCAGAGGAACCGAUCAAGAAAUGCCAAGAAGAUGAGUGUGAGGUGGAAGAGGAGUUUUCUCAGCCCAUUCCCUGGCAGAAGUUUGAGGCAGAGGGAUUGGACUGUGACUACAGUUUGUUAUUUGACAAAGAGGAGGCUGAUCGCCUGUUUAACCAGCUAGAAGAGGAGGUGGUGUAUUUUACAGGUGACAAAGCUAAAUUACAAGUGUAUGGAAAGUCAUACAGUGUUCCAAGGAAGCAAGUGACAUAUGGGGACGAGGGACUGAUGUACUCUUUCUCUGGAGUCCAUCUCCUGGCUAAACCAUGGACUCCCACUUUGGAACACAUUCGAGAUGCUGUUACCAAGGCAACAGGACAUACAUUCAACUUUGUUUUGAUAAACAGGUAUAAAGACGGUCACGAUCACAUUGGAGAGCAUCGGGAUGAUGAACGGGAACUCGAUCCUGCCUGUCCUAUUGCCUCUGUAUCUCUAGGAGCUGUCCGUGACUUUAUUUUCCGACAUAAGGAUGCACGAACUGGUUCUAGCAAACGUCAGAUUGAGCCUGUGAAGCUGGAGCUGGCUCACGGGAGUCUUCUGCUCAUGAACUAUCCCACAAACACAUACUGGUAUCACAGUCUUCCAGUCAGAAAAAAGGUCAAAACACCACGCAUCAACCUCACUUUCAGACGCAUAGUGAAAAACAGACAGAAAACUGGCAUUAAAAUGGAGUGAUUGUUCUCUUAGCAUCUUACCAGGUAUUGCUGUGGGCCAUGUUAGUUGUUCUAACAUGUCAGAAAGCUAGUGAGCACUUUUCACGUCAUCACAUGGUUCUGGGCAUUUAAUCUGCGGUGAAUCUUUGUUGCGUUUUAGCACAUUCAGACAUCUCUUGCACACUACGUUAUCAGUUUAUAUUAACUAUGCAUCACUUUCUGUUAGUCUUCAUAUUAUGAUUUAUUUGUCUUUACACUAGAUCAUGUGCAGUAAAAAUGGACUAUGAUCUAAGGAAAUCAAGCUCAUCUUUACUAUUCAGAGCAUAUUCAGGUUUGAUAUUUGGCAACAAAAUGAACUUUCAAGAGCAUUCAAAGGAAAUAUUUUCUUUUAUUUGUUUUUGUUUUGUUUUUUUUAGAAAACCAAUAAACUACAUGUGGAAUAAAUAGGAUAGACACAACCAUACUUCUGUACAAGACAUUUCUAUUAUAGACUGGGAAAGAAAAAAAACAAUAUGGUCCCAAUGAAUACAUUUUGCUAAAAGUUUCAAAGAUUGAACUACAGAAGGCAAUAGUUUGGCGAAAUACUGUGGCAAAAACAUAAGGGUAGCAAAAACGUAAUCGUAUAAAUAUAUACAUUUUAUUUUUCAAGCAUACGUAACAGAGUAAUUUCGAGAAAGUCAUACUUAGUGUUUACAUUCCAGCACUGCUGGACUGAGUAUGAGGUAUUCGCACAGCUGUCUACCCAUAACCUGCCUGUGUUACAAUCUAAUCAAUGUCACGUUUUUCCUUGGACGACGACACAUGCAGUCAGUACAGUUGCUGCUAAAAGAAACAGUAAUUUGACAUAUCAAAAUUAUGCAAUUAUUGUAUCCCUUGUGUACGUUGGAAGGUUGUAGUGCUGUUGAAAUGGCAACCAGCAUUUCAAAGCUUGGUUUGAACUCCACAGUUUAACUUGAGCAUUAGUGAAAAUGAACAUUUUCGGCUUACCUGGAUAUUUAAAAAAAAAAAAAAAAAAAAAAAAAAAAAAAAAAAAAUCAAA